UGGCAAUAAAGUAUGCCACGCCGCUCAUGAUCUGUCAAUUUGCGUCGCCGAAAAACGAAAAGGGAUAGGUUGCCGGCGAAUUAAUUCUUAAAAUUAUUUGAAAAUAUUGUCCAACAGGAUUAUUUAUGUAACAUAUUAGAAACAAGGAAUAUAACACUAACACAAAAUGACGGUGGAGGUGCAACCUAAGACGAAGCUCCCGCAGCUUUCGUCUGACAAACAACUAACAUUUAUAAAAUUAGCUGUUUUAUCAAUGGCAGCAAUAUUAUCCUUCGGAACACGAUUAUUCUCAGUUUUACGUUUCGAGAGUGUGAUCCACGAAUUUGACCCUUAUUUCAACUACAGAACAACUAGAUAUCUAACUGAAGAAGGGUUCUAUAACUUCCACAAUUGGUUUGAUGAUAGAGCAUGGUACCCACUUGGACGUAUCAUUGGUGGUACCAUCUACCCAGGUCUGAUGGUCACAUCGGCCACUCUGUACAACAUCAUGCAGUUCCUGAACAUAACCAUAGACAUUCGGAAUGUGUGCGUAUUCCUUGCUCCAUUCUUCUCAUCACUCACUACUAUUGUCACUUACCUCCUGACUAAGGAGUUGAAGGUUACCAGUGGCCCAAAAACUAAUCCUAAUCCCCAAAAGGCUGGUAAGGCACUUGUACAUCUGGUUUUUGAGUGUCCAUGGGCGGUGUGGAUUGCUUACCAUCAGGAUGAAGGUGCUGGUCUCGUGGCGGCCGCCAUGAUUGCCAUAGUGCCGGGCUACAUCAGUCGUUCAGUUGCAGGAAGUUAUGAUAACGAAGGCAUUGCCAUUUUCUGCAUGCUGCUGACAUACUACUUCUGGAUCAAAGCGGUUAACACUGGAACUAUACUUUGGGCCACCAUGACUGCUCUCGCUUAUUUCUACAUGGUAUCAUCAUGGGGUGGCUACGUGUUCCUAAUCAACUUGAUCCCUCUGCACGUGCUAGCUCUAAUGCUGCUCGGUCGCUUCUCUGCGCGAGUGUACGUGGCGUACAGCACCUUGUACUGUGUAGGAACUAUCCUGUCUAUGCAGAUCUCCUUCGUCGGCUUCCAACCUGUACAGAGCUCUGAACAUAUGCUGGCUUUAGGUACGUUCGGUCUCUGCCAGCUGUAUGCCUUCACCCAAUACUUGCGCGAGCACCUGUCCCCGGCGAACUUCGAGCUGCUAUUCAAAGCCCUGCUGACCACCUUGCUGGCUACUUUAGGAACUGCCUUGGUCGCCCUUACACUUACCGGUAAAAUCUCGCCAUGGACUGGACGUUUCUAUUCUCUACUGGACCCGUCAUACGCCAAGAACCACAUUCCUAUCAUCGCAUCGGUCUCUGAGCAUCAACCGACUUCCUGGUCAUCAUUCUACUUCGACCUUCAAGUCCUCGUGUUCCUGUUCCCCGCUGGUCUGUACUUCUGCUUCAGUAAGCUGACCGAUGCUAACAUCUUCAUCAUCCUGUACGGAGUCCUCAGUAUUUAUUUUGCGGGUGUGAUGGUGCGUUUAAUGCUCGUGUUGGCUCCGGUCAUGUGCAUCGUGUCUGGAGUUGCGGCGUCCAGUCUGCUCAGUCUACAUGUAAAGGACAUUGAACCUAAAGUUGAGAAGCACGAGAAGAAGAAGAAGCAUGAAAAUAAUUUAGUGUUUAGAUCUGAGGUGGGAGCUCUAUUCGUGUGCGUGCUGGGCUGCCUGCUGAUAUCGUACGUGUUCCACUGCACCUGGGUCACGUCGGAGGCGUACUCCUCGCCCUCCAUCGUACUGUCCGCGCGGGCGCACGACGGCGCCAGGAUUAUAUUCGACGACUUCCGCGAAGCUUACACUUGGCUCAAGAUGAAUACUCCAGAAGACUCAAAAGUUAUGUCAUGGUGGGACUACGGGUAUCAGAUAACAGCGAUGGCGAAUCGGACAGUGAUAGUGGACAAUAAUACGUGGAACAACACACACAUAUCACGCGUGGGACAGGCCAUGGCGUCCACUGAAGACAAAGCCUAUGAAAUUAUGAGGGAACUCGAUGUUGAUUAUGUACUUGUUAUAUUUGGAGGAUUGGUCGGGUAUUCGUCUGAUGAUAUCAACAAGUUCCUGUGGAUGGUCCGUAUCGGUGGCAGCACGGACCGUGGCGCGCAUAUCCGCGAGGCAGACUACUACACUCCCUCCGGAGAGUUCAGAGUCGAUGCCGACGGAUCACAAACUCUACUCAACUGCCUCAUGUACAAGAUGAGCUACUACAAGUUCGGACUAGUUUAUACUGAAGGAGGUCGACCGCCCGGUUUCGACCGCGUCCGUGGCGCUGAGAUCGGCAACAAGGACUUUAACUUAGACGUACUAGAGGAAGCGUACACCACUGAACAUUGGCUUGUUCGUAUCUACAAAGUGAAGCCGCUACCAAACCGCGGCGUCUGAGCGUUACACCGCCCCGGUCGGUAAAUACUUAACCAAUACAUAUUGGUAUAACUAAUCUACAUUGCUUGAAGAUUGUGGACCAUUUGGAACAUACCAUAAACUUUGUAGUUAUUGAUAGUUAUAUAAAAAAUGCUAUUUACCUCUUAAACUUAUAUGGAACCUUUGGAAAUGUGAUUAGUCUAAUGAAAUUUGUCUGAACUAAACGGCUCUCGUUCGAGGAUAAUAUUUUGUUUUUGUUCUUUUAUUUUAAAUAGGCUACAAAAUAGCACUUUUAAGUUAGGCUAGAUGAGGACGGCAUUUCCUAUCGAACUAUUCUUAGAAGUAACAACGAAGCAAACUGAUGAACUAAUGGAUACGUCAUAAGUCUCUUUUAAAAGCAAUGCAACUUAAUAUUCUAGUAGAAAUUACUGUAUUAAUGUCUCAAAUAGUCCACAAUCAAGUAAUAUUUACCGGCCAUCGCGCACGGAAGACUCAAAACGAAUGUUAAAUAAGAAAAAGUGAUAAAAAUUGAAUAUAUUUAUAUAUCCUUUAAGACAACUUAAUUGAUAUU